GAGAGAGCGGAAGGGAGUGUGGGAGGGAGAUGGAGAUGAAGCGAAAGGAGGCUGCAGCAGACCCUCACAUUGGACCUCAAACAGAAGAUUCUUAAACCUCAGGAUUUGUAACGCAAUCCCCCCCCAUCCUCCCAAAUAGAAUUUGCCUAGGGAAUGCCUAAUUAAAUAGCGACAGAAAGUAGCCAAGCAGAACAGGGAAUCACCAUUUGGUGCGUUUUAGGAGGGUGGCCGUUUUGACAGGCAAACGCAGAGAUGCUUCUGUAAUCAGAUUUAGCUGGAGAGCGUUCGAACUGCAGGCGACUCUCUUGAUCUCAGAGGCUACUUCGCAUUGCUUGUGUCCAUAACUGAAUUCUUGCUUUCUCGCUCCAGUUUUUUUUCUUCUGUGAGUUGAAAGCAGGGAAUCUGCCACACUUGAAUUUCCAGAAUGGUUGAUAAAGGCACAAGGGUUUUCAAGAAGGCGAGUCCAAAUGGAAAGUUAACUGUGUAUCUUGGUAAGAGAGACUUUAUUGACCACGUGGACCUUGUAGAGCCUGUUGAUGGUGUGGUUUUAAUUGAUCCAGAGUACUUAAAGGAGAGAAAAGUUUUUGUAACGCUGACAUGUGCCUUCCGCUAUGGGCGGGAGGACUUAGAUGUUCUUGGCUUGACAUUUCGAAAGGACCUCUUUGUGGCCAAUAUACAGGCAUUCCCACCCAUGCCUGAGGAGAAGAAGAGCUUGACACGUCUACAAGAGCGACUCAUUAAAAAGCUUGGGGAGCAUGCUUAUCCCUUCACCUUUGAGAUACCACCCAAUUUACCGUGUUCUGUCACAUUGCAACCUGGACCAGAAGACACUGGAAAGGCAUGUGGGGUUGACUUUGAAGUAAAAGCUUUCUGUGCUGAAAAUGUUGAAGAGAAAAUCCACAAAAGGUCUCUUUCUUGGCACAGGAAUUCAGUGCGUCUAAUCAUCAGAAAAGUGCAGUAUGCUCCAGAGAAGCCAGGUCCACAGCCAAUGGCAGAAACAACAAGGCAGUUCCUCAUGUCAGACAAACCCUUACACCUGGAGGCUUCCCUGGACAAAGAGAUUUACUACCACGGUGAGCCAAUUAGUGUUAAUGUUCAUGUCACGAACAACACAAACAAGACUGUGAAGAAAAUGAAGAUCUCAGUGCGUCAAUAUGCUGAUAUUUGCCUCUUCAACAAUGCUCAGUACAAGUGCCCAGUGGCAACAGAGGAAUCAGAUGACAUUGUGGCCCCAAGUGCCACAUUCUGUAAAGUGUAUACUCUCACCCCUUUCCUUGCCAAUAACCGAGAGAAGCGUGGUUUAGCCCUGGAUGGAAAGCUCAAACACGAAGACACAAACUUGGCCUCGAGUACGCUGUUACAAGAGGGUGCCAAUAAGGAAAUUCUGGGCAUCAUUGUGUCUUAUAAAGUCAAAGUGAAGUUGGUUGUGUCUCGUGGUGGGCUCCUCGGAGACCUUGCCUCCAGUGAUGUUGCAGUAGAGUUGCCCUUCACAUUAAUGCACCCUAAACCUGUAGAGGAAUCUAUCUACAGAGAUGCCCCAGAAAAUGAUGCACCCAUUGAUACAAACCUAAUUGAGUUUGACACAAAUGAUGAUGACAUAAUCUUUGAAGACUUUGCACGACAGCGAUUAAUUGGGGCAAAAGAUGACAAGGAUGAGGAUGAGGAAGGGACAGAUUCGCCCAAGCUGAAUGACAGAUAGAUAAAGAAAACAAGUGUUCCGCUCUGUUACACAUCAUUAGGGAUCCAGUGGAAACCCCUUGGAAAGCAACCUGAAAUCUGGGACACCCUUUAACACACUCACUGUGGUGCCGUUGUUGUGUUCCUGUUUACAUAAGUCUUCUCCAUACUGAAAGGGUAUAAAAAAUGUAAGUGUUAAAAACAUGACCUUGUUGUCAGCACAUUUAGCAGGUAAGAUUUAUAGUUCCCGGAUCACCUACAGAGUGCCUAUGGUGUUUAAAGGGUACUUACAUGGUACAAGAAACAGUAUUUCAUCAUGUUUAAACAGAACUUCGGUGGUAGCAUGCCUUUGUUAUUAGUUUAUUUUAUAUGUUCUCCUUUCCAUUAGAACAGAAAAAAGUAUUUUAGUGACCAUAACUUUGUAUUUAAAUCUAUUUAAAGUAUGUCUGUUCUGAACACUGUGUAAGGAAGCUGAAUUGUUAUUUUAAAUCCAAGCACUGUCAAACUGGUUACGUAAAUGGACAGUCCUAAAUUAAUUAUUGAACAAAGGCAAUUGAACCUGAGAUAUGGAAAAAAACCCAUAAAACUGAUACACACUGAACUUCAUUUCUCCACUAACACUACACCACAAGCUUUCAAAACCUUUCAAAUUAGAAUGUGUUCUUGACACUGCUGUUCAUAUUGCUGUUCAGGCUUUUAAUAAUGAGCAGGUUCUUUUUUUAACUGACAUGUAACUCCUCAAAAAGCAUUCCUUAAAAUGGCUGCACUGUAAAAAGUCACUGCAGUCCUAAUUUGAAUACUAGUACUAUACUGCUAUGCUGAUUUUACUUAAAAUUCAAGUAAAUAGAGAUGUAUAACUUCCUGCUGCAUAUUACAUAUUAUUGGCUCCUUGAUGAUCAUUCAGAAUGUCUGUUGAAGACCCAAAUACAGUUCAAAGGAAAAGCUUUUUUUCAUGCCAUGGACCACGAUCAGGCCUCACUUUGGAUUACAUUACAUUGACAAAAAUGGUUGUAGUUGCAGGUCCAAAAGUUGCUAAAGAACAGCUAAAGGAGUUUUUCUUUGGGCAGUGGUCUUACAAUAUAAUCACUAAGGUGUUCAAUACAAAUUUAUAGAGGAAUUAUAGAUUCCUUCUCUUGUCAUUAAAUAAUAGACUAUUAUACAAUAAACCAUGCAAAUCCUACUUUGUGUGAUGGUAGAAAUAUAUAUGUGAUGGUAUUUUACUAGAUUAAUUUUCUUUAUGAAUGAGGCCUUGAUUUUCUGCAUGAAAUGUUAUUUUGUAUGUUUUCAGAAUGAAAUUCUUUUUAAAAACAUGAAGAUAGAUAUUGUUUGAUAUAUUGUCCAAUGAUCUUAAAACAUGGAAUAUUAGGUCUCAUUAUUUGGGAAAGCUAAUUUAAUACAAAAUGCACUGGAAAAACAAGAUAAAUGGAUAAAAUGUUCAUAUUAUAUAAAGAUAAAGUAAACUAUAUAUUAAAUAUACGUUAUGUUGGAUAUAUUAA